AUGUCUUUUGUCCAUGCAAAGUGUUCAGUGGAGGAGCGCAGAGAAUUAUGGUUCAACUUAUUAAAUGAUAAGCCUAAUUCUAUUCCUUGGUGUAUUGGGGGUGACUUUAAUGUUAUUUUGGCUCCUCAUGAAAAAAAGGGGGGUCAUCCAUUUGCUAUAGCGGAGAGGGCAGAUUUUAUGUCUUUCAUGAAGGAGGCUGGGUUUUUUGAUAUAGGCUUUUCAGGACCUAGUUUCACGUGGUCUAACAAUCGGAGAGGUAGAGCCCGGAUUUCGAAGAGAUUGGAUAGGUUUUUAAUUAAUGGAGAUUGCUUGGAUCGCUCAGACUCCAUUUCUAUGCUUCACCUGAUGACUAAACCAGAACUCUUGGAUGUGAUUCGACAAGCUUGGAAUCAAGAAGUGGAUGGAUCUCCGUUACGUAUUUUAUGCUCUAAAUUAUUGACAACCAGGAGGGCUAUUCAAGCUUGGAACAAAAAACAUUUUGGGAACAUAUUUGAUGCUGUUCGAUCUGCGGAAGAUGCGGUUCAAUGGGCAGAGGAGGCUGUGGAUCAUGAUGUUUCGGAGGAGUGCCAGGUCGACACGCAUUGUCAAUUGAAGAACAAUUUUGGAGUCAAAAGGCCAAGGUAA